CUCCAGCCCAAACCCCAUUAGACUUCUCCCCCAACAAGCACCAAAUCCCCAUUUUUCCUCUUCCUCCCCUCCCCCCCCUUCAUCGCCAAAAUCCCAAUUCAGCCUAGGGUUUGCUCUCUCUCCCCGUCCAAGUUCCGAGUCCCUGAUUCCGCCAUCGCUGUCCCGGAAUCGAGCGGUGUCCCCGAUCUCAUGGAGUUGCUUCAGCAGCAGCAGCAGCUGCUGCUGCGGGAGGAGGAGCGGAAGCAGGAGAUUCUCCGGCUGUUCGAGUCGUCCACCGAGGAGCAGGAGCUGCAGGGCUCCGUGCGCGGCGGCUGCGGCGAAGACCUCGCCGCGGUGGAUCAGUGCGAGGAGGCGGCGACGACGGCGGCUCCUCGGGAAUCGGAUGAUCCGCGGCCAGCUGAGCUGCGGGAUGCUGCUGGCGCCGCCGCCGCGGCCGCCGUCCCGGUGCCUCCGGUGAGUGGGGGAGCUGCGGUGAAGGCGGAGGUGGGAUUGGCGGCAGCGAGUGGUCCGGGGAGGCGGAAGCGCGGCAGGCCGCCGAAAAAUAUAGGGGAGGCGAAGGUGUCGCAGCAGCGGCUGGUGAGGAAUAAAGCCGACGAUGAGGAGGAUGUUUGCUUCAUUUGCUUCGAUGGUGGCAACCUCGUGUUAUGCGAUCGCAGGGGUUGCCCCAAGGCAUACCAUCCUGCUUGCAUCAAACGGGAGGAGGCAUUUUUCCGGUCAAGAGCUAAAUGGAAUUGCGGGUGGCAUAUAUGUAGCACUUGUCAAAGAGCGGCCCACCAUAUGUGUUAUACCUGCACGUAUUCUCUCUGCAAGAAUUGUACAAAUGGUGCCGACUAUGUGUGCGUGAGAGGAAACAAAGGACUGUGUGGGACGUGCUUGAAGACAAUAAUGCUUAUUGAAAAUAUAAGGCUGGGUAAUGAGGAAAAGGUUCAAGUAGAUUUUGAUGACAAAAGUAGCUGGGAGUAUCUCUUCAAGGUUUACUGGAUAUACCUGAAGGAGAAGUUGUCUUUAUCCACGCGCGAACUCAUUAAAGCUAAAAAUCCUUGGAAAGAAUCUGACAUGAUGUCUAAUAAGCGAGUGCCUUCUAGAUUAGUUUAUGGUAAUAAUGGUCAAAAAGGCUUUGGGUUAGAUGACUUCAACGGAUAUGGGGCAGCUGAUUGCUCAAACAGAAGAAAGACCAAGAAGCUGGUGAAGGUAAUUGAGGAAGAGGCUCAAAGUGAACAUUUAAACCUGAUUGAUGGAGGGCCAUCCUCAUCCUCUAAUGAAGGCCUUGCAUGGGCAUCUAAGGAGCUCUUGGAGUUUGUUGCACUCAUGAAAGGUGGCAACACAUCCAUACUAUCUCCAUACGAUGUGCAGAAACUAUUGUUGGAAUAUAUUAGAAAGAAUAAUCUUCGCGACCCACACCAGAAAUGCCAAAUCCUUUGUGAUUCAAUCCUGUUUAGUCUAUUUGGCAAAGCUAUUGUUGGCCAUAUUGAAAUGCUGAAGCUUCUCGAGUCUCACUUUCUCGUGAAGGAUAAACCUCGGAUUGAUGGUUUCAUUCAAGGGCCAAUUGUUGAUGCUGUUACUAGCCAGAUGAACAUUGAUUUGAACAAUCAUGAGCUGAUGGUGGGCACUGAUAAGAGGCGUAAAACUAGGAAGAAGAUUGAUGAGAGGGUAUCACAGGCUAAACCAGAUGACUAUGCUGCAAUAGAUGGUCAUAAUUUAAGAUUGAUAUAUUUGGAGCGGAACAUGAUGGAUAAGAUGAUCGAUGAUUCUGAAAAGUUUCAUGAAAAGGUCGUGGGAUCAUUUGUCCGCAUAAGGAUUUCUGGCGGGGACCAAAAGCAGGAUCAUCAUAGGCUUGUUCAAGUUGUUGGUUCUAGCAGGGUAGAAGAGACAGAUGAUACUGGUGGUAAAAGCGCAAGUAUGAAGCUUGAAAUACUAAAUUUGGACAAGAAAGAGGCCAUAUCAAUCAAUGAGAUUUCUAGUCAGGAAUUCUCAGAGGAUGAAUGCAGGUGGUUGCAGGAGACUAUGAAGUGUGGGCUGAUUAAUCAGUUGACUGUGGGUGAGAUCCAGAGGAAAGCAAUGGCGUUGCAGGAAGUAAGAGUUACUGAUUGGCUGGAGAAGGAGAUACUACGGCUCAAUCAUCUUCGUGAUCGGGCAAGCGAAAAGGGACACAGUGAAGAGCUUAGAGAAUACAUCGAGAAAUUACAACUCCUGAGUUCACCUGAAGAACGUCAGCGCAGACUGAAUGAACUUCCUGAAAUACACGUGGAUCUGAGCAUGGAUCCUAUUUCUGAAGCUAAAAGUGACUCUUCUUUACCAGAUGGGAAUAAAGAUGCGACUCACUCUGGCAGAAAGAGGAGGGCAUCAACCUCUCCACGGAGGGGGAGCGGUGACUUGAGAGAAACGCGAAGCAGGUCUCAGAAAAAGAAAUUAACUGAUAUGGGUAGAGAGUCUCCAAGCCAAAUGCCUGAGAUGAAUGGUUCCUCAAGAAUUCAGGCGCGUGAAGCAUCUGUAAUGAGCAGCUGGAAGGCAGAAUCACUUUCUGGAGUUGCAUCAGAAAUUUCGCCUUCACCUCUUUCAACAGGAACGGAACAAUCUGUCAACGAUGUUGAGAUAUGCAAAACAUGGCACUACCAUGAUCCAAGUGGGAAAGUUCAAGGACCUUUUAAUUUGAUGCAGCUGCGUAAAUGGAAUGAAAGUGGGCAUUUCCCGCCUAAUCUGACGAUAUGGAGGACAGGUGAAACAGUAGAAGAUUCUUUACUCUUGAUUGAUGCUUUGCAUGGACAGUAUACUAAACAGCCCUUGGCACCACCAAACGAAAUGAAGGUGAGUUCCAUUGACCAACACAAUAUGCAGGAGGAAUUAAAAAGUGUCGUGACAGAUGUAAGUAUUGGUGAAGAGAGCUGCAUUCCCAAGGAAAGCAUCUCCAAUUCUCCUAGUGAAGCUGGUAAGGAAGCCUCUCCAAAUGGUGGAUUUGGCUCCAAUCUCUCUAGUCUUAUCAGUGCAAUAGAUACUAUUAGUAGCAGAGAGGAAAAUGCUAAAAAUGUUUUGGUGGGAGCAGAUUUCCCAAGUAAUGAUGGUAAUGCUUCUCCUGUUCGGGUCCAGUCUCCUCAGCAAAAUGAAAGCCAUGAAUCUUCCCAUAAUGAUGGAAACCCAAGCCCAACUCCGGUUAUUGAGGGUCAAGCAAAUGGUGGAUGUACGAAGGAUAAGCAAGUUGGUGGUGAUGGGCAGAGUCAAUCAUCUGGACAGAAUUGGGUAACUGCACCUCCUGUAGAUGGUUCUACGAAUGAUCGCGACCCAAAUCCUCCCAUUGUGCCUUUGGACAAAUCGCUCGAAAUGCCACCGAAAAAUGGAGAAACUGGUUUAUCUGGUAUGCACAUUGAAACGCCAAAGACGGACGCCGAAGAAAUGAAAAAUCAAGUCACGGAGAGCAAACAUUCUUUGUCAUCCAAUAUUCUGGUGCCAGAUUCGGGUCUAAGCUGGAGCAAAAAUUCCAGCUUAGUGGGUUGUGCACCACAGGUCAAUGAAGUGUCAAGAGAAUGGAAUAUGUAUUCUUCUACCCCGGCUAAACUAGUUGACGAAUGGGACUCCACUCUAGCGUCUGCGUCUUCCUUGAAACCGGCUGAGAUGGGUAAUGAUCAUGCUGCCCCUCCGACUUCUGGCCCAAUAGUGCACCCUUCAUCGUCAGAUAAUGUGCCCGAUACAACUGGUUGGCAGGCAAUUGUUACUGAACCCAAUGAUUUUAGCUCCUUAGCUGAGGAGUCGGUUUCUGACCUGUUGGCUGAAGUUGAAGCUAUGGAGUCUCUUAAUGGCUUGCCUUCACCUACUUCGAUAUUGAAGUCUGGUCCAGAAUUGGCUGAAGGAGGUAAAGAUGAUUGUUUCAGUCCUGUAGAGGUGUUCAGUCCUGGUCCCACUGCGGGAAAGAGAGAUGCUUUAAGCUCCACUAGUGAUUUGCAUGUACCUUCACGAUCAACAAUUACUGAUGAACCUCAGAGCCAUCCCAAUGCUGGAAAGAUGUCCGGCGGACGUUCGUCUGUGAGCGCUGAGGAGGUGGAAGAUCAGAAGCACAGCGAUGUAUCUGUUAAUCAGUGGAAACCAGGGACCAGCUCCUCCAUCUCUGGUCCCAUGCAUCCUCGUGCAAACUGGGAAGCAGGCCACACCAGUAAUACCUGGAUGGCCCCGUCAGUAACAACGCAGAGCAACUAUGGAGCAUUCCCAGGAAAUGCGAACUUGGGUUGGGUGGGAGCAAAUCACGGAAAUGCCACCUUGGAUUGGGAUCCAAGGCAUGGAGCGGUCGGUGGCAAUGGAAAUGCUAACUUGGGUGCUGCUUCUGGAACUCCGGGCAUCUUAGGGAAUCAGCCUAGAUAUGGUAACAGUGGAAGUAGAUAUGCAAGUCCGAGAGAACGGGCAUUUCAGGGAUCAGACUUAGGUUUUAAUAGGGGUAGAUCUGGAUGGAGCAAGCAGUAUUCCGGCGGCGGAGGAAGUGGUGGUUACCGUCAGCCUCCCAAAGGGCAGCGGAUUUGUAAAUUCUACGAAAGCGGGUAUUGCAAGAAGGGAGCGUCUUGUAGUUAUUGGCACCCUUGAUUUGUUUACGGAAGCGGUCGUGUGAGACUUUAAUUCUCUCGAUCAUUCUUUGUUGUAGGGAAGUUUUUAUAUUCCUGGUGAGGUCUAAUUUAACCUGUAAAGCAUCAUUGAAGUUGGGGCGUAUAAGAAUAUAAGAAUUGUACCAUUCUUGCA